UUUCUCAGUUUUCAAACAGCUUUAACAAUUGUUUUUACGAAGUUUGGGCGAAAUUUGAUAUUUGAUGGUUUUCAAUGUGUGGCAGACAACCUCGUUUUUCAAGCAGAAAAUGUUUCAACAUCUCUGGCGUGCACAAAGAUUUGCAAAAAAAAAUAUAUUCAGUGUGUGAUGUCAUACUCCAUCAACCGGAUCUACUCACUUGUAUCGGCUGUGCUGGAAUUUACCAUUUCGCUGAAGUCCUACCUGGCUCCACCUACUUUGCACGGUCCACUGGAAAAGGCCACCAAGACUGGAUUGGUCACGGAAACAGCUAUUAUUACUUCAGUCCGGAUAAGAAAAACUGGAACGACUCUUUGGCGGCAUGUAGAAAAUUGGGCAGUGAUCUUGCCGAGGUAAAUGAUGCUACAGAAAAAAAGUUCUUGGUGCUUAACAACAAUGAUAGACGUAAGCAUAAAGUUUUCUUAUCCCAGCUUAUAAUAAAAUGUUUGAAAUCAGGACUAGAAUAUUAUAUACCUUAUUUUACAGUCAACAGAUAA